CCGGCUGUUGGCAUAGGACCACGCCACCCGCGGGGUCUUUUAGUGUGAGGUCGUUGCCUUCCAACAACUACCACCACGAAGCUGGGCAUGAAAAGUAUGAGCGGUCCGUAGUGCCAGACUCACAGGUGGAAGUGCACAGCAAAGACCAGUCAGGAUCUUGCUGGACAGAGGCAGGCGGAGGGACGGAUGGUUGGACACGGCUCCUGUGGGUGUUUCUCUGGCAGUGUCUUAGCUGGUUGUUGUGAGGAGUGAGAACGAAGCAAUCAGCAAGUAUACUGCCGCAGAAAUUCUUCGCAAUAAGAAGCCCUGGGAUCACAGCCGUCACAGGGAGAAAAACGAGAGGGAGGCAAAACGCGCAUCAGCAUUGUAGCAAACAUGGAUCCUGCUGCUACUGUAAGUUUUUACAUGUGUGCUGACACUGUAGAAAUUAACUAAAGAUGUGGACCUGGUACAGAAAUCACUGAAUAUAGAUCGACUGAGAGCAUGGCCUUUCAGUGAACAGCCUCUACAAUAUUCACAAUUGGAUCAAAGCAUCAAACUUCUACACUGUGUUGUACUUUUAUGAUCCUCUGCUGCCAUCUUGUGACUGAAAGCAACCUCCCAGGAUGCUUUUUGUUCAUUAAACACUCAAGCAAUUUCUAAAACCAACAUUGUAUUUUUAUUUUAUUUUAUUGAGAGUCUAAAAUCCCUUUCAUUCAGAAAAUAUGGCUUGGCUUACUAUGACUUCAGAUUCCCGAUUUUUCUGCUGCAAAUGCAUGUUGUUUUUGUCAUCAAAUUUAAUUUUGCUUAAUGAGAUAUAAGUAUGUUUUCUGAAUGCUAACACAUUAGUAGUAAAUAUGGUUGAUUCCUCAUUUAUCAACUGCAGCCUAAUAAUUUCUUCAUGUCAUAAAUUAGAACUGUAAAAAAGCAGUAAAUAAAAGUUACAAGAAGACAAAUAUAUUAAUUUGCCUUGUUUGUUUUCACAGUACACAUGCAUUUCGUAAUUAUGGAAAGCUUGUGUUGUAUAAACCACUUUGCGCUGUGUAAAAGCACUUUGAGACCCUUGAAAAAAUUACGUUGCCAUGCAAACACAGUAGACCUAAUGAGUGCAGAUGAGGCAGAACGGCCUGGAUGCCAGGUGCACACUAAUUUAGGUUUUCACACACACACACAGCAAACGCAGACGCAGCUGAAUGUAGUGUGCUCCUGAUUUGAGAUCCACAAAAGGGCUUUUGUCUACAGAAUCACUGAAUCUUUCUUGAUUUAUUUUUAAGACUUGAUGGAAAAUGUUGUGUAUUGUAAAACUGAUUGUUGGUCAUGUGUGAUUAUGAUGAUAAUGCAGAUGGGUUUGCUGCAGACUGCAGGAAAAAGACAAUGAGACACUGCAUUGCUGCAAACACAAAAAGGGGUUGCAGUUUUUCUGGGCUGCAGCAAUGCAGAAACAUUCAAAUCUCUGCUCUCACAGAAGGUCACUGCUUUAAAUCUACCUAUACUUCCUUUACUCUUUGGUAAACCACAAGUAAAAGGCCACUAAAGAAUAAUCAGCUGCUCGACACAAAGCGUGGAAAAAGGUGACCACAAGCAGCACAUUUUAAUUAAAUUUGGAUUAUAAUUUCAUUUAAACAUAAUUUUUUUGCCCCAGAACGCGGAGACAGUCCCAGUUCACUGAGGGUGAGGAAGGUUUUCCUGCGAUGGGAAUGGAAAGCUUCCAUGUUGGAUGGGUAAUGCAAUGUGUUACUGUAAACUGACUUUCACAAAUGAAAUAUGUGGGGGGGUUUGUUUUUUGUUUGUUUCUGUUAAUUGAAAGAUUUAUAGAUAAUGAAAAUAAUCAUUAGUUGCAGUCCAAAUAAUAGUUUGUGGACGACUACUGGUGCUUUCAGAAGAUAUUUACAUACAAGAAGAGACUAUAGUAAUGCCCUGUAUAUGGCAUCCACUGCUCAAAAUUUUGCUUCUAGGAUUUUAUUGAACAAAAUAAUAUCACUUUAUGUCAUUGAUCCUUGCGUCCCUAAACUGGCUUCCAAUUGCCUUUAGAAAUUGUUUUUCAAUUUACUGUAUAAAUUCAAUCCCUGUGCAACUGUACAUUUUAAAUGAUUAUUUUUAUCAUUUUACUGUUUUAGCUUAUCUUUCUUUACCUGAUGAAGUUUGUUUUCUUUUACAUAGCUGUUUUAUUACCUUGUGUUUUGUAAAGCACUUGUACUGUAUUGGAAAGCUUUAAUAAGGAGUUGGACAGUUGUUAUUAAGGUUUAUGGGGCCCUUUUCGUCAUUUUCUAUGUAAAAAAAACAUGUAAUAUUCUGUACUUGAACUGCUAAAUGGCCUUACUACUGCUCUGUGUUUAGCAUGUUUGAAACGACAGGUGGCACAACAGAAUAGUUUUUAUAUAAACCAUGCCUGGAAUGGGAAAUAUUACAGGUUGUCAUCUGUUCUUAUGUGACAAACUUGCCAUAGGUUUAGCAGGGUCACACAAGUAAAGACCAUUAGAGCCAAAAAUAGACCUACAUGAGUCUGCCCUUUACCAGCUGACUCUGAGUUGUGCUUUGGGUUCCGGAUUGUGCAACGAGGAUAGAGAUGAGAGCUCUCUAUGUUGGCGGGGAGGAACUCGGGAGGGGUUAAACACUGAACAAAAGUUUGUUUGGCUCCCUUUAAAAAGCAAUGAAUGACGUUUGUUAAACCAUAUGGCUCGACUCGACUCUGUGUUUUAAAUGCCGCCUGGCUUUAAGGGAAAAUAAUGCAGAUAGACUACGGUAAUAUUAAUGUAUAACAUGACAGACUAGUCUGCCCGUCGAGGAGUGUUUGCCCAUUUUGUUGCACGUUUGACAGUGAAACUCGUAUCCAUGAGGUGAUCGCAGCUCAUACCUAAUCACACUAAACGAUGGCAAAUGGAAAUCAGACAGUUGUGUACUUGUCUGAGCAGGUGGUCGUUUUGUUUUCGUGCGCGCUUUCGUUUCUGGGCUCUUCGCUGAUCGUCCUCACCUACAUUAUUUGGUCAGAUUUGAGGACAACUCCGAGGAGGCUCCUGGUCUACCUCUCGGUGUCUGACUUGCUGUCCGCCGUCUCCUACGCCUUCGGAGUCUGGAGAGUUUUUCACACUGACUCGCUGGACUGCGUCAUUCAAGGAGCGAUAUCCACUUUCGCCAACACCAGCUCUUUUUUCUGGACCGUGUCCAUUGCCGUUUACCUGUAUGUUUUUAUCGUGAGGUCCAGCCAAAGAGUCGCCGAAAGCCUGGUGUUGUUUUUUCACCUUGUCAGCUGGGGUGUUCCUCUGGUCAUCACUGUUGCUGCCGUGUCCCUGAACAAGAUUGGCUAUGAUGCGUCAGAGGUGUCGGUGGGCUGGUGCUGGGUCAGGAUCCACGCUCCUGACCGGGUGCUGUGGAUGCUGCUGACUGGAAAGAUCUGGGAGUUCUUGGCUUAUCUCACCCUCCCUGUCCUCUACAUCCUGAUCAAGAGGCAUAUCCACAUAGCGCAUGCUGCCCUGUCCGAGUACCGUCCCAUCUUGGCCAACAGGCCUCCAUCACACUCCUUCUCCUCCAUGGCUGAUAUGAAGCUAACACUCAUUCCUGUUAUCUUCAUCGUCCUGCGCAUUUGGAGCACAGUGCGCUUCAUACUGCUGCUAGCCGGCUCUUCAGCCAGACAGAACCCAGUGCUGGUCACUCUACAUGGAAUUGGCAACACCUCACAGGGAGCAGCCAACUGCAUCAUGUUUGUAUUGUUGACUCAGCCAAUCCGCACACGCCUCUGCACCACGCUCUGCUGCUGCUCCAGGUGUAGAGCAGAGGUGCAGCACUCGCAUGACGCCCCUCACGGACUGCUGCCAGGACAGGACACCUCCACACAGAGAGAAGAAGACAACACCAGUCGAGUCCAUACUGAUAGAUGAUACUUGAUUCUGUGGAUGUGAACCUAGACAAAGGUUGAUGUGAAGGGAGCGGUGGAGGUCUCCGUUUCACAUUGAGCCUCAUUACGGCAAGUGUUAUGCACGUUGUCUGACUGUACACCAGCAUUUGGUGAAGCAUUUUGAGUGCUGCAGACUGAAUAUGUUGCACAUGGUUUCAUAGAUGUGCUGUACAUCAAACUUAAAGUUUUAAGUUGUUCUUUGUACAUGUUUUGUGGUUGCAUUUUGAACAGUUGUACACUCUGUAAGACUUUUUUUAUCACGUACUGUGUGGAUUCACAUCAUACACAUUCUGAGGUUGUCACUGUGAAAUGAAUAUUCGGUUUUCACCUGGUUCCACUGAGUGUUCAAGUAUUGUAUUUAUGGGGAAAGCAUUACCCACAUUUUAGCCCCUGAUUGUGUUUAGGAAAGCAAUAUGUUGGCUUGAGAGAUGGCUGUGAAAAGUUAGUAGUUUUCUUCACAGAAAACAGCAAAUGUGAUCAGCUUGUCAGAGUGGAUUCACAGCAGAAAAAAAGUUAUCAAAACGUGUAGAAACUUCUCACCAUCUCCAGUCCUGCACCAGAAUCUUCAGUACUGUACUUCUAUUCAGUCAGUCUGUAUGCUCCGUCAUUGUUUUGCUAAAAUACGCCGCUUGUUACAGAACUUUGAUGAGGGUGAUGGCGCAACACGGAAGCAGCACAUUUAUUCAUAUUUUGGUGAAUCAAUGAGUCUGUGUAACAUACUAAGUAGUGGAUAAAUAAAAUUAUUUUCCAAUGUA